AUGGACAAGCUACCACACCCAACGGAGCGCAUUCAACGAACCUCUCUGACCUUGGAGGAAGGUACGGUUGUUUACGUCUUUGACUUCCAGGAGCAGCGUCAGCUUAUGGAGCAGGACGAAGUACAAUCGCAGCACUGGCAGCACGACAGUGUGACGAUAUUCCGCUGCCCUAUAUACCUUAAGUGGAAGGCACGUAUGUGGGCCUACUCCUACCAAGUGCUCAGCGACGAUAGAACCCAGGAUAACGCGUGGGCGCUCCCGCCAUGGUGCGAGCUAUUUUUUACGGAUAACUGCGCGAAGCAGUUCAAGUGUAGGUUUCAUUUCGGCUGGCUCGCUUCCUACGAAGUGAUGAUUCGUGAUAACCACGGCGAGUCUACCAACGUACCAGUGCAUGUCGAGCAUCACUAUUUUGGGAGCUGCCACGGGAAAAGCGUCCAGGGCCCCAGACAUCUCUGUACCCUGCUGGGCGAAUCGAUGGACUUUAUUCUUGAGGAGCCGACCGAAGAAGAAGAGAUUAUCUUUGAAGCUUCCAGGACAAGCAGCAGACGUGGAGAUCAGUUGCUGAUGACGAAGAUAAUCAGAAAAUUCAUCUUGCAAGCCGCAGGCGACAUCUUGCCUGCAGUUCGUUCCGCCUCUCGCUCCGAAUCGAAGGCGAUCAGGGUCGAGGGAUGCCAACCCAUCUGCAAAAUCGUAGCCACCGAAACACCAGGCGUCGUGGCUACCUACACCCUAUCCUGCUUGAAUUUUCACGACGGACCGUGGAGUGUGGCCCCAAUUGGCGUCUUUUACCUGCUGGACCUUGUUUCGAUGUCCCACUUCCCUGCGUUGUUAUCCGCCAGUUGUGAGCUCUGCAGAAAAGGAGAAACGGAGGAGUGCAACCUGCUCCGCGAAGGCAUCAUGGAGGGACCAGCAGAGUGGUCCCGUCGACGAAGCAACGACGACGAGGAGGCCACAAAAGAGAGGGAGAUGGAAGUCAUCCUCACUCGCAUGAGAAUCCCUCUACCAUAUGGAUCAGUCGCCCUGAUGCCUGUUCGCCCAGAAGAGUACCGAGGCCAGGACAUAGUACCAAUUUUCAUCGGUCGCAAGGCUCCGUCCAACUACACAACAAGUAGCUUUGAGAAGGAUGGCAUGUUUUCGGAAGGCGAUGUUAUGGUGUGGAUUCACGACGUCUUAUGCCACGUAUGGGUCAUAGAGUAUGACGUGCCUAACGUUCUUCCAGUCGACGAAAAGAGGAUUGAGGGGGGAGCGAUCGCAUGGUUUUCCAAGACUCAGAAGUGUGUGACUUUGUCCACCACGCAGGCAGAGUACGUGGCGAUGGCGGAUAUGGGGAAGGAAAUUCUUUUUUUGAGGCAGGUUUGGCGCUUUAUGUUGCCGAAGGAGUUGCGGCCGUGCAUUCCACUGUACGAGGACAAUGAGGGUGCUAUCCAGAUCGCAAAACACCCGAUCUCGAAUUCCAACUCGAAGCACAUCGACGUGCUGCAUCACUUCCUCAGACAACUGGUAGAUGAGAAGGAGGUAGAGAUCAUUCAUGUAGCGUCGCAGUAUCAGCAUGCUGACUUCCUCACGAAGGCGCUACCUGAGAGGGAUUUUGUGUUCCACAGGGACUACGUGAUGAACUUGAAGUGAGCAGUCCCGGAUUUUUUUAGUGUGUUUUUUGUUUAUUAUGUGAUUCUUUCGAUUUCAGUUUCCUCUGAGGAGUUGAUAUUCUACGAGUUUGGAUUCAAGAUUGACCGAUGGAAUUUCUCUGAAGUAUUUCUGGUUUAAUGGUUGGGAGUAACUUCGAAUCGUUUGGAAUUCUAACGAGUAUUGUUUCUGGUUUAAUGGUCAUGGUGUUUUGGCAAAGACGAAGGAUGAGAGGAAUGGAAUGUUGAUCACUAAUCUAUGAUCUCAGGAUUGAGGGUAUGGGUGUCUACAGCGGAAUUGUGUGCGUGGCUUGUGGUUUCUCACUUCCUUUUUCCGUGUAUAAUCAAGUCCUUUUUCCGGCUCUCACGCCACCCACCGGCUUCCACGCCACUACUCCGGCUAUCACGCCAACCCGACUUCACGCAUUCAGGACUUCCACGUCCCUACAUAUACCUUUACAUCAGGGCUUCCACGCCACCUGGCUUCCACGCCACAACUAUAAUAUGCACGAGCUUCCACGCUCCACGACGUAGGAGGGCUUUCACGCCUGCGGAUAGUUUCUACAUUUUUUACCAUUGGCAGUACCUAGCUGCUGGCACCUUUUACUUUCCGCCACGGGACCCCGCGCCGAGGCACCCACG